CGUGCGAGCUUUUAUUUACUUUACUUUGCGUUUUGGCGUACUAGCCGUGAACGGCUCGGGAGCCGAGGGCUAGUUUGUCUUUUCAUGGCUCUCUUGAGCACUAUUCCUGCUAUUGACGCUGAACUGGCACGCAUCGAGCUCUCGGCGGCACAACAGUCUGCUUACAACAACAGGCUUGCGCAGAUUGAGGCUCGGCGUCAGCUAGCGGCAAGUGCCCUUGAGGCUUUGCCCAGUGGGCGUAGAACGCGCAACAGCGUUGGUGCGGCCGACAAUCGCGCCGAACAGGUCGCAGCGAUCGAGCAGCUAGGAGAUCAGGAUGUCGCAAAGUUGGAGACACCCACGUUUAAGCAGCUGAAGGCGCGCGUGCAGCAUAUCCAGGUCCUGUCCGCGCGCAAGGCGGAGCUGGUACAGCGGAAGGAGGAGCUGGAGAAGCAGCUGAAGCUGAUUAACGGUGGGGCGGCACAGGAGGAAGCCCUGGGCGAGUUGGCGCUGGACGCCUCACUGUGCGAUGACGAUGCUGAGCUGGGCGCGGGGCAGCCGCAGGGCAGGGGAAAGCAGAAGCAGCAAAUGACAGAGAAAGCAGCGCAGCAGAAGGUUGGGCGCGGGAAGACGGCGGCUCAGCGGCGGGUUGGGACUGGCGCCGUUGGCAGCGGCGCGGCCAAGUCCGCUCGCCCGCCGCUUCCCCCCCUGCUGGCGGCGGAGGAGGACGACUUCGCAGAAGGCAGCGAGCAGGACGUUGAGACAGCGGCGUUACGGCGGGUCGGGAUCACAGCAGGCAUCAGCGGCCCGGCAGGGGGCGGCCGAGCGGGCCUGCGGGCCGCUCCGGCCGCCCCUGCGCCCACACCGACGGCUGCGCGGCAGCCAGCCGUUGUGCGCGCGGAUGCGGUCAGCGACAUUAUGCAGGGCCUGGACAAGGACAUGCACAUGGAAUUGAUCUUGAACACCACGCCGGCGUUCAAGGAGAUUCUGAUGGGAGCAGGCAUACAGCUGGCGGGCAGCAACGUGCCAGCUUUCCAGCAGCACCUCCAGAAGACCAUCCAGGCCCUGGAGAAGGAGCAGCGGGAGCAGCAGGAGCUGGCCACGUGCUCGGCCCUCAGUGAGCGGACCUCAGCGGCGCUGCGAGGCAUGGCCCUGGCUCAGAAGGUCACGGAGCUGCUCCGUUUCGAGCAGCUGCUGCCGGACCUGGUCAGGGCCGCUGGGGGCAGCUUCCCGGCUUUCCUGGAGGCCAUGCGCCACCCCAGGCCGGAGGUGAAGCAGAUGCUGGAGGGCGCGGCGCUGCUAGAGCAGAUCAAGGCGCGCCACCGGCCGCUGACAGCGGGGGGCGGGGAGAGCAGAUAUGGCGAGGAGCCGGCGCUGAAGCGGCAGCGGCCUUACGGACUCGCGCCUGGAAGAGGUGACGUCUGAAGGUUGCGCACUUGCCGAUGUCGGAGACACGCUGAUGCACAAGGCCUGAGGAGUGACAGGAGUCGGCGGCGGCCGAUGCCGCGGCCGGCUUUACGAGGGGCGCGGCAGUGCUCAUCCGUCGGACGGGGAAGCGUCAGCAGCAGCGGGAGCCGCGCCUGUGGGAGCACUUGCGGGCGAACUGGGCGGUCGCCGAGUUGGAAUUGGUGCGGGGGGACUCCGCUUGGAGCGGAGGGUUUUCUUCUGUGGGGCCCGCUGGGAUCUGAGCGCCAGCAUAGGUGGGGCUACAAGAGAGUUGCAGAUGCUUAGAGCAGAGGGUGCUGUCUGUGGGGCCCGCUGGGAUCUGAGUGCCAGCAUAGGUGGGGCUACACGAGAGGGGCAGCUGCCGGUACGCUGGCGAGUCUUGAGCUGUCGGUAUUAGGAGGGAUUGGUGUGGGGGGUGGUCUCUGCCCGGCAACUAGGAAUGGCCGGGCAGACCCGUGCUGGUUAUUAGGCGCCGUAGAAAUUAGACGGCCGCGGGGCUGGGGCCAAGGGAAGCGGCGUGCGACUGUGUUUAGGCACGCCGCCCAAGUAAGGGCACAGCCGCUUACUCCCCAUAUCCAUUUGCCCUCCCCGGGUGAUGAACGUUUGCAAACUUGAGCAAGACGGUGAUCAUGACUUGCAUUGCGGUAUGUGGAAUGCUGUAAAUGGUGGGUGAUUG